AUGGCCUCCCAAACGCCCCUCAAGAUCAUUCUUGGAACACACAGCGUCGGCGAUUCCGCUGUCGAUCCCGGAUCCUCUCACUUUGACAGCGAACAAGAUGUCCAGGCUCUCUUGGAUGCGUUCCACGCCCGCGGAUACAACAACCUGGACACAGCUCGUGACUACUCUCCAAGCGUCCAGGGCGCUUCCGAGUCACGCCUUGGUCGGGCCAACGCCGCCUCGCGAUUCACCAUCCACACCAAAGUCCACAGCGCAGACCCCGGUGAUCACCAGCCUGCAAACCUCGAAGUCAGCAUUGGCAAGUCGCUGACCGAUCUUCAAACAUCCACCGUCGAGACGAUGUUCCUGCAUUUUCCGGAUCGCCAGACUCCUUUCGAGGAUACGGUAAAAGCAAUGGACGCUGCUCUGAAGCAAGGGAAGUUCAAGAACUACGGCCUGUCGAACUACUCUGCGGCUGAGGUGCAGAAGGUUCUGGAGAUCUGUGAGCAAAAUGGGUACACGAAGCCCAGUGUGUACGAGGGGCAUUAUAAUGCUAUUGUGAGAGGAGGCGAGAAGGAGCUGUUUCCCCUGUUGCGCAAGCACAACAUGGCGUUCUAUGCGUACAGUCCCGCAGCCGGUGGCCUUUUCUCAGGACACAAGGCUUCAUCAGGCCGAUGGAAGAGUGAUAACUUCAUUGGCAAGGUUUACACUUACAUGUACCGAAAACCUCCAGUCCGUCUUGCGGUGUCGACGAUUCUCAAGCUUGCAGAGAAGCACGGCAUCAGUGGACACGCAGCCGCUAUGAGAUGGACGGCGUUCCACAGCAGUUUGGAUGUGGCACAUGGCGAUGCGAUUAUCUUUGGCGUUUCCAAGAUAGAGCAACUCCACUCGACACUUGACGCACUUGAGGCUGGUCCUCUUCCCGAGGAUCUUGCAGCUGCUAUUACUGCUGUCUACUCUAAGGUGGAAGGCGCAGAGCCUCCGUAUCACCUUUAG